UUCUUGAAGGACCUGAGGGAUUUGUUGUGAACUUAAAAGAGCUUUGGUUCAGUUCUUUACAAUUCAAUAACACUCAUUGAUAGGAUACAGGGGAGAGAGCAUAAUGGGUAUUGAGUUUAGGUUAGAAGGCAAAGGAAUAGUAUAAAUAGGACUCUUAUAUUGUCAGAGGAAGUUAGUCAAUUGUAUACUUUGUAGAGACCGGUUUCGAACCUGGUGAGAUGGGUUAGGCCCUCGAGUUACACUUCUUACUUCGUGAUUGUUACUGUGAAUAAGAUACCCAUUGUUUCAUUCUUUCUGUCUUGUGUGAGUAAAUAUCAGUGGUGAGAGUGACUGUUAGGAUCUUAUAAUAAAGAUUCCUAACAAAUUGGUCUGACCUGCCGGAUCUUGAACGGAGGGGCGCGGGUUAUACAUGGCGGGAAAGACUGACGGAAACGUGAUGGAGGGGCGGAUGGAGACGGUGGAAAUUGCCGUCGAGGGGAUCAAGGCUGAGACUGCAGCGAUUCGUCAAGAAUUGAAAGAAAUUGCGAAGGUCUUGGCGGGAAGGGGUCGGCGUCAAGAUGAACCGUCGGUCAAUGGAAAUGUGAAGAAGACGGGGGAGAACAGAAGCGGAGAAGGAAGUGGCCGAACUGAAGGCGCGAUUAAUUGGAGGAAAAAGGUGGAACUACCCACCUUCGACGGAUCGGAUCCGCUUAUCUGGAUCAAUAGAGCGGAUCGAUUUUUCGAUUUGCAAGGAGUAUCGGAAGAUGAGGAGAAGGUCCGAUUAGUAGAAUUCAGUAUGGAAGAUAGCGCUCGCUACUGGUUCAAAGCUUGGAAGGAGAAAGCAAAGAAUCGUUCAUGGGAUAGUUUGAAGGGAGCUCUCGUAAUAAGGUUUGGCACCAUUGUUGAGCGGAAGUCGUAUUGGGGACGAACAUGCGGUGAGGUGACAAGGUCCGAGACCGAUCGCUAUGACCCAGGCCGAUCAAGAGUGACCGAGCGGUUGGACGAAUCAGAACAGGAGAGGACUACUGGACCCAACGGGAGGGGACUGACGAAGCUGAACGUGACAAGAUGGUUUGAACCGAACGGCGAAGCACUGCAAGCAGCAGACCCAAGAGGACUGAAGGAACAGCUUUGCAUGGCAUUGUCGGUGUAUUCAGCUGGAGCAAUAACUCAAUCCAAUACCAUGAAGUUGUCGGGGUGGAUUCAAGAUCGGAGGGUAGUCGUGCUCGUCGAUAGCGGAGCGAGCCAUACCUUUAUCUCGACAAGUUUGGCGGAGGAGAUGGGUUUAGAGAGGGAGGAGACGGCACCUUAUCGCGUCUGUCUGGGGGACGGCCAGAGAAAGGAAAGGCGAGGUUGUUGCAUGGGAGUUUCUUUAACACUGGAGGGAGCGGAGAUUAAAGAGGAUUUUUAUCUCUUUGAACGAGGGGAAGUCGAUGUCGUGCUGGGAGUAGAGUGGCUGGCCAAGUUGGGGGAAAUUAGGGUGGAUUGGAAGCAAAUGACCAUGAAAUAUGGGUCAGCAGAAACAGAGGUAGUGAUAAGGGGUGAUAGCAAAUCUAUGAUGAAAGUCAUCACUCCCGAGGCGUUCAAGAAGGAGAUAGGGAUCAAGACUUUUGCGAUGGUGUGGGGUCUGCAUCAAUCUAAAACAGCAGCGGCAAACCCAGGGGCAAAAGGAUUAACCCUCAUGCAGGAGCAAAAUUUCGAGAAGGUGUUUGAGGUGCCACAAGGACUUCCUCUGGCUAGAAGAGUGGACCACCGGAUAACCAUUGAAGAAGGCACUGAACAAGUGAACGUGAGAUGCUAUAAGUAUACCGACUUGAUGAAGGCUAAAAUAGAGAAGCAGGUCCAGGAGAUGUUGGGCUUGGGCAUUAUUGGACCCGGUAACAGCCCAUUUGCCAGUAAAGCUCCUAUUUUCAGUGAAGAUAGAGUGGUAGGUUGUGGCGAGUAUGUCACAACAGUGAAGAAAGGAGAAGAAGUGUUGAGGCCUGGGAUUAAAGCAGUGUUGUCAGGAAGUGACCCAGCUGUGGUUUGGGUGUCCACGGGUGCAUCCACUAGGGCUGUUACAAGUCCAUUUUCUGAAAUUACUAGGUUAUAAAACAUGCAGAUCUAGCUUCUAGCAUUGGCCACAAAGGAAUUUCCAGGUUGCUUGCAGAAUCUUUAUUAAUUAGCCAUCUUAUAUUACUUANAGUGGUGAAAGCUAAUAAAAUCCAAGAAGAAUGGAAGACAUUGGAGAAGGAAUUGCCACCACCUAAGCCUCCCGACAUGAAUUGAUGGGUAGUAUCUAGUGCAUUCUCUUCAGAUGAAAACAAGAUGAUGAAGAGGAGCCAAGCGACCCGGUGUUUUUUGGAUUCCAACCUUGAGGACAAGGUUGUUCUGCAGAGGGGUGUAAUGAUAGGAUACAGGGGAGAAGGCAUAAUGGGUAUUGAGUUUAGGUUAGAAGGCAAAGGAAUAGUAUAAAUAGGACUCUUAUAUUGUCAGAGGAAGUAAGUCAAUUAUAUACUUUGUAGAGACCGGUUUCGAACCUGGUGAGAGGGGUUAGGCCCUCGAGUUACACUUCUUACUUCGUGAUUGUUACUGUGAAUAAGAUACUCAUUGUUUCAUUCUUUCUGUCUUGUGUGAGUACAUAUCAGUGGUGAGAGUGACUGUUAGGAUCUUAUAAUAAAGAUUCCUAACACUCAUACACUGGCUUCUGUUCUUGAGUUGAGCGUCCUAACAGAUGGCUUGCAAAUAUACUAACACUUAUAUCUAAGCACUUUGACAAAAAGGUAGUGUAUUUAGACAACAUAGAAUUAACAAAUAAUGAUGCAAGCAGACAAAUAAUCAUGUUUGUACUAUAUAAAUUGUAUCUCUCAUUUUGAGAAAUUAAAAAGGGACAACAGAAUUGGUAUUUUUCAGAUUAAAAUUUUCUUUAGUAUGGAGCAUAACCUAUGAUACAUCAAUACUUCAAUUUGUGUUACGUAUCCUAUCCGGCCCAUAGCCUAUACUUUAGGAUACUUUAUACCAAUACUUAUCUAUGAAAUAUCUAAUCUAUAAAGUACUAAUACUUUUAUGAUGAUAAUAAUUUAUAAUU